AAUAAAUAUAAAAUUUUAAUUAAAAAAGCAAAAAAAAAAUCUAAAAGAAGGAUACAGUAAAUAUAACACAAAUAAUAUAGCAGUGAGUAAAACAAAAGAUUCUAUCCAAAAGCGAAAAAAGUGUGCAUAAUAAAACAAAAACUUCAACAAUAAAAAAAAUAAAGUAAAAAAUAAUAUAGAAAAAAAUUUGUAAAAUAUAUGUAUUUAAAAGCUAAAAAGUUAAGCUUAGAACAAAAUUCACUUUAAACGAGCUGAAUAUACAUAUAAUUGAAAAAUACAUUUUAAAAUCAGCCAUUCAUAGAAAGAAAAAAAAAAUUAAUCUAAUAUUCUAAAAUAUGAAUAAUAAGCUCAGAAAAGACAUUUACAUACCAUUUAAAAAUAAAUAGAAAUACAAUAAAAAUUGUAUUUUCUUUUCGAAGUAGUAAAAGCAAAAGUGCUGGAAAAUUUACGAAGCAUACAUAUAAAAGCUACAAGCAUUUAAGUGAGAAACAAGUGGAACACAUUUUUUUAUCACACAAGUUGGCUUUUUAAAAUUAAAAAAAAAAAUUACUUAAUACAUUUAAAAAAAAUAUAUAUAUACGCUUAUAUAUUUUAUUUUAUUUUUUUAAAGAAACCAAUAUAGUAUUUUUAAAACAAAAACAAAAAAAAACAAAUACGCAUCAAAGUCGCGUAUUUUGUAAAAUAUAAUAAUAUUAAGCUUCGUAACAGUCGUAAUUAAAAGUGUAUACAGUCAAGAUGCUUUUCGAGAAUCCCGCAUUAGCCGCCAAAUUACCAUUCCCAUAUAAUGUGCCACCACCAUUACAGGCGGCAGCCGCAGCAGCAGCCGUUCCAAAUUUAAGGUUUCAGACACCCAUAAAAGCCUUCACCUGCCUAACAACUGCAAGCAAUCCCAUUGAUAAUGCCGCUGCCGCCGCAGCUGCAGCUGCUGCUGGACUUAUUGAUCAACAACAUCGUGACCUACACAAUGUGCUUGUAAAUGCUGCUGCUGUCAAUGGCACUUUGACCAAUACAGCAGCUGCUGUCUUGAAAAGUCAAACGGCUCAACAGCAACAACAACAGAAUAAUGCUGCUCAACAGACUGCUCAAGCACAGGCGGCGGUAGCAGCAGCACAGGCGCAACAACAACAGUCACAGCAGACCACAGCAAAUAACGCUUCCGUACAACAGCAACAACAACAACAGCAGCAGCAGCAGGUACAACAACAACAAGCACAACAAAACGCCAUGGUUUUGUUGAAUGGUUCAGCUGGUGCAGUAACUGGCGGUAAUAAUGCCACAGCAAAUGGCGGUGUUGUUGUAAAAAGUUCAUCAUCAGGUAGAUCGACGCCAGUAAAUGGUAGUGGUGCUACAGAUCCAGCACCGGGCAAACUAUUCGUUGGCGGUCUUAGCUGGCAAACAUCAUCAGAGAAGCUAAAGGAAUACUUCAAUGUCUUUGGCACUGUCACUGAUGUGCUAAUCAUGAAGGAUCCCGUAACACAGCGUAGUCGCGGUUUUGGUUUCAUAACAUUCCAAGAGCCCUGUAGUGUUGACAAAGUUCUACAGGUGCCCAUACAUACAUUGGAUGGCAAGAAAAUCGAUCCCAAACAUGCCACACCCAAGAAUCGACCACGUCAGGCAAAUAAGACAAAGAAGAUAUUCGUUGGUGGCGUCUCACAGGAUACCUCAGCCGAAGAGGUGAAAGCCUACUUCAAUCAAUUUGGCACUGUUGAGGAGACUGUCAUGUUAAUGGACCAACAGACGAAACGUCAUCGUGGUUUCGGUUUUGUUACAUUCGAAAAUGAGGAUGUUGUCGAUCGUGUUUGUGAGAUACACUUCCAUACUAUCAAAAAUAAGAAGGUCGAAUGCAAGAAGGCUCAACCGAAAGAGGCUGUCACACCAGCCGCCGCCCAACUCUUGCAGAAGCGCAUUAUGUUGAGCACAUUGGGUGUACCCAUACCCGCUGCACCGGGUCAAUUAAUUGGUACACGUGCUGGCGUCACCACAAUGGGUUCAUUAGCUAUGUUACAGGCACCAUCAGCAUUACAAUUGCACGCUGCUAAUGGCGCAGCCGCCGCCGCAGCGCAACAAGCCGCACUCAUAUCGCAAUCACCCUUCCAAGUACAAAAUGCCGCUGCCGCCGCCGCGGUCGCCGCCAAUCCUGCUAGCUUUGGCAAAUUGCUUACAUAUCCACAGGCCUUGCACAGCGUCAGAUAUACACCAUAUCCCAUACCGACGAGUGCUGCCGCCGCCAAUGCCUUGGUGCAGGCUCAACAACAGCAUGUCGCUGCUCAUCAUCAGCAACAACAGCAUGCUAAUGCUGCUGUUGCCGCCCAACAACAACACACUGCCCACGCAGCCGCCGCUGCCGCAGCACAACAGCACAAUGCCGCCAAUACGCAAGGUGUUGCCGCUGCUGCCGCCGCCGCACAGAAUGCACAUAAUGCGCUCGCCGUUACAGGUCCAGCUGGCGCAGCGAAUGCACAUGGCACAUCGGCGGCACAUCAUCCGCUAGCCGCGGCUGCCGCCCAACAAGCAGCAUUAGUUGCUGGCAAUCAUUUGGGGGCGGCUGCCGCUGCUGCUGCUGCCAAUCCAUAUCAGAGCUAUGCGUUAACCAAUGUGGAUAUGAGCAGUUUUCAGGGCGUUGAUUGGAGUCAAGUAUAUGGCAUGGGCAUGUAUGUCUAAGGUACAAGCAAGUUGCGAAAUAUUUGUGCUUGCGCUAAAUGCCGCAGAAAAAUAAAAAAAAUAAAUAAUACUAAAAAUACUCUUAAAUGAAAAACAGAAAUAUUUAAAAUUAUUUAACAUUUAUGUAUGUAUAUCAUUCACAUUAAUAAACGCCAAACCACAAAAUAUGUAUAUGAAUACUGAGCAUACGAAUUGACUUUCUACACACGUAGCUAGCAGUGUAUAUGCGUUUCAACAUUCAACAACAACGAUUUGUGAUAAAUGCAUAUUUAAAUGUUUAUUAUAAUAUGCGCAUGUGAAAUAAAUUUGUUAACUCAUUGAGAUACUAACUACUGUACUACAAUUUAAGUUCUCAAUAUUAAAUACCUUGAAUUGCAUGAAAAAUAACGAAAUUGAAAAUAAAAGAAAAAAACACUAAAAAUGUGUAUAAAUAUGUUUAUUAUUAUUAUUAUUAUUGAAUUUAGCAACAGCCCUAGACGUUAUGCGUCGGCGCUUUUUUUUGCUAAAUAUUUUACCUUAGGAGAAGAAAAAUAAUUUAUUCUUCUGUAAAUGCGUACUUAUGGACAUACAUACAUGCAAGUAUAUUUAUCGCUGUAUGUAUGUUCGAAGAGCAACUACAACAGAAAAGAUGUAAGCGUAAAAAACUGAAAUUAUAUUUUUGCUGUCGACAGCUGUAAUGUCAACAAAAUAAUUAAACAAACAAAAAAAAAAAAUAAUAAUAAUAAUUAAACUAAUGCAUUUCUUGCAAAGAACUUUUUUCUUUAUUUAAUUAAUUAAUAAAAGACAAACUCCAAUGAGUAGAGGAUGCGGGAGAUAUUUACCAGCUGAGGAAGUUGCGUAAAUAUUGUAACUCAAAAGCAAAGCAAACUCACAUAUACGAGUAUAUAUAUACUUACAUACAUAUAUAAUUUUAGUUUUAAGUGAAUCAAAGCAAUGAAUAUACAUUGUAUAUCUACAUACAUAUAUGAAUUAAAAGCAAAUAAAUUGAAAGCGCAUAAUGAAUUAAUUAUGCAUUUCAAAAACUAAAUUCUGUCAAUUUCCAAUAAAAAAAAGAAGCAAAAAUAUUUAUGAAGAUGAUAUAUUUGUAAUUGUUACUACAAUAACGAAAUUAAGUAUUACUAAAAAAAUUAAAAAAAAAAAAGAAUAUGCGUUUUAUUGCAGCGCGUACAAAAACAAAAGCGCAGUUUAUCACAGCAGCAAAAAAAAAAUGUUGAAACACUUAAAUAACUACAUACAUACAUACAUAUAUAUUUAAUUUUAAGUAUACAAACAACACAUUAAAAGAGGAUUUAAAGAAUUAGCAAGUAGGGAAUAUGCUCUAAAGAAGACAACCUUACCGUUGGUAAUACCUUAUAAUCGAGUUACAAGCAAAAAAUCUUAACAAACAUACAUACGUAUAUAUGUAUUGUAUUACAACUAUAUUAUUAAUAAUGGUAGUACUGUAAGCAUAAAACAAAACACAUAAAAAGAAAUGCAUAUAACAAUAAUUAAAAAAUAAUGAGAAUUAGAAGUUUUAAACCACCGA